AUGGACGACUCAGAGCCCUACGAUCCGGAUGGUGAUACGCACCGCUACCUUUACUUGCCUGAGUCUCCCUCUGAUCCACUAAUAUCGUCUGGGCCAACAUUCUCUUGGGAAUAUGAAUUAUUUAGGCUAUCUUCACCACCCUUCCCCAACAACGAUGUUGGCCUUAUUACUUCAAAUCAAGCAGCUGCUCCAAUGCAAGCAAACGUGCCGUCCAGGACCAUCGACAAUAACGAGUCGCUGAUCAGAGAAUCUGACUUGCUUCCGGAGACAGAUUUUGGCGGAUCAUCACAACUUAGUUCAGCUUAUGCUACUGGAACUGAAGGGAGGGGUGCAGGUCUCACCGGACCCAAGAAGAAGAAGACUGGAAUCGCAGCACAGAGGGAGCGGACGAAGAAUAUGACUAAGGAAGAGCUAGAACAGUAUUUCGACCUUCCCAGAGAACAAGCUGCACAGGAGCUCGGCAUAUCGCUAACAACGCUUAAAAAGCUCUGCCGCAAAUAUGGCAUACCAUGCUGGCCUUAUAAACGACCAUAA